AUGAUAUGCGACAACAGCACUAAAUACAUGAUGAAUGCGGUUCCAUAUUUAGGAAGCGGAAGUGUACCUAGAGGAAUGGUUGCAGCAGACUAUUUUGUAAACAAACUGACCGAAACUAUCAAGAACAGUAACAGAAACGUAACAAUGGACAAUUGGUUCUCGAACGUGCCUCUUGCUGAAAAGAUGCUAAAAGAAGACAAACUAACAGUGGUUGGCACGAUAAAGAAAAAUAAAAGGGAGUUUCCUCCGGAAUUUACUGAUGUAAAGUAUCAAGAGCGAAAGAAUGGUUCUAGUUUGUUUUUAUUUCACGAUGAAGUCACUGCAGUAUCUUACAAAGCAAAGAAAAAACUUGUGACUUUAAUAUCAACGAUGCAUUCUAACUCAGAAGUUAACCAGUCAACCGGAAAACCAGAAAUAGUUAUGACAUACAAUUCUACAAAAGGUGGAGUUGACUGUUUUGAUCAAUUGUGUAAUCAUAUGAACUGUGGCAGAAAAACCAAAAGAUGGCCAAUGGCUUUUUUCUAUAAUAUUAUAAAUAUAGCAGGAAUAAAUGCAUACGUAAUUUAUCUGCAUAAUUUUUACAGAGAUCGAACUGGAAAUGGAAUGCCAUUAUCAAGAUUGAACUUCAUGUUGAAACUUCAUCAACAAUUAUGUGAAAAAUGGCAACUUCAAUGUCUAAAUGUUCCAAAUCUGUCAAGAGAAUUGAAAGAUAUAAUCACAAAAGCGUUAGGACAGGAACCACAGAUUUUAGAACUUCCCCCAAAUCAGCAAGGUCUUCGAACCUAUUGCAGCUUUUGUGACUAUAAAAAAAAGAGAAUGACAACCACCUACUGCAAAUGUGGAAAAGCUAUAUGUGGAGAGCACCAGAUGAAGUCAUGUCCUUCUUGUGUAUAG